UAAAAUCAUGUUAUUGACAAUAAUCAUGUUGAACAUCAAUAAUACCAUGUCCAAGUCGAUGGUUGUCAGUGUCAUUCUUCUUGCUAUCUUUCUACUGUGUUCUCCAUCAUCGGUAGCCGUAUUACUGAACAAGCUUCAGCUACCACCACCAUUGACAGGACCUGAGUCACUUGCAUUUGAUAGAAAUGGUGGAGGACCUUAUGUUACUUCUUCUGAUGGAAGAAUUUUCAAAUAUGUUGGUUCAAAUGAAGGUUUCAAGGAAUAUGCUUACACUGCUCCCAACAGGAAUAGAACAAUUUGUGAUGGCCUUGCUGACUUCUCAGUAGUCCAAGCAAUAUGUGGAAGACCUUUAGGAUUGGGUUUCAAUCAUCAAACAAACGAUUUAUAUGUAGCUGAUGCUUAUUUUGGACUUGUUAAGGUUGGCCCCAAUGGUGGGAAUGCAACUCAAUUAGUUGGACCGACACAAGCCAAUUCUACUAUGUUUGCCGAUGGUUUGGAUGUAGAUCCGGACACUGGAAUCGUUUAUUUUACCAUAGCUAGCACUAAUUACAAGCUCAAAGAUUUCCAGACAGUGCUAGCUAGUGGCAGUGGAGAUAAUUCAGGAAGCCUAUUGAGAUAUGAUCCAAGCACCAACCAAACAACAGUGUUGCUAAGAAAUCUUACAAUACCAUCUGGGGUGGCAGUAAGCAAAGAAGGAUCAUUUGUACUUGUUAGUGAAUAUCUAGCAAACAGAAUUCAGCGAGUUUGGCUGAAAGGACCAAGAGCAAAUUCAUCAGAAUUAUUCAUGCUACUUGCCGGAAGACCAGAUAACAUCAAGAGGAAUUCGGGAGGCCAAUUUUGGAUAUCAGUUAGUAGUUUUUUAGGGACACCAAGAUCUCCAGGAUGUUCUACUUUGCCUUCAGGUGUUAGAGUGAAUGAAAAUGGUUUAGUUUUACAGAUUGUGUCUCUUGUAGAAGAGUAUGGUCCUGAAGCGGCUAGUGAGGUUCAAGAGUACAAUGGAACACUCUAUGGUGGCUCCCUGCUUGCUUCUUAUGCAACCUCUUUUACUUCGUAGAGUUUUUUUUUACUCAUUUCUAUCUUUUGUAUUAGAGUGGCCUGCAACCAGAAAUGUUCAACACAGAACUAAGAAGUUCAACCUGUGAAAAUUAAUUCAUGUUUCAGAACAAUGAAUGAUAUUUUGGUUACCUUUGGAAGCAUAUAUAGCAGAAAUGUCCAUUUUAUUGUUGUCAUUCCUUUUUGCUUUCAUUUUUCCUGUCUCUUCAAUCAUGUCAUGUUGGUAUCAACUGUUAGAAAUUAAAUCAAGAAAUAUCUAGAAGAGUAUAGAAGCUUGGAGUUACUCUUUGUCAUUAAGAGUUAAAAAUAUCUAUAUUAUGUAGCACCACCUAGAAUAAUCUUGUAACCAAAAGAAUAAUCUAGUGCUGAUUGUACACCACCUCUAUAGGAAUAAUCUAGCACCAUCCAUAGCUAGAAAAAUCUAGUAACCGACAUUAAGUUUAAGAGCCUAUAAAAGGCACAUGCUUGUACCAUAUUGUAUCAUCAAGUC